CCUCAGCUCCUUGCUCAAGGUUUCUCUACACCGCCCCCCCUCUCUAGCCCCACGUGGUCGCUGGAAGAAGAAGGACAUCGAGACUCAUCAAGGACUAAGAGAGAGAGCGACCGUUCCUUCCUCGUGGCAGAGAAGUGACAACAUCAGAAGGUUGCCAUUUAGUUACAAAGAGGACAAGGGUCGUCACGGCUUGGCCGCGUUACCUGCUCACUGCGUGCCCUGGGAAUCUCAUCCCGCUGAGUUCCAAUCCGACUCCGGGCAGCGGAGAGGGGGAGCGCUCGAGAAGGAGGAGGAGACGCGGCUGGUGGAGUGCGAUUUGACGCGGAGUUUCCUGGCUCUCUGUUGUUGUCGCCGUCGCUACGAAGAGACGCGCACGGGAACGGCGCUGAGAGAGAGACACACUAAAAAAUGACCAUCUCAUCGACUGUCUGAGCCCCUACUCAGAGAGUUCGCAAUCGGCACCAAGCCAUCAAGAAGCCACCAACCCAAACACAACCGCACCGUGGCUGACAUCUACCUCCAUCACCCCACCCAGCACCACGACCACCACCACCAACCACGACCACCACCAUCAACCACGACCAGAACUCCCGGCGAUGACCACCAAACCAGGCGGGGCCACGGCAGUCCUGGGCGACGCUCACGUGAAGCGCCCCAUGAACGCGUUCAUGGUUUGGUCGAAGGGCGAACGCCGCAAGUUGGCUCAGGACAACCCCAAGAUGCACAACUCGGAGAUCUCCAAGCGUCUCGGCGCCGAGUGGAAGCUCCUCACCGAGGCCGAGAAGAGGCCCUUCAUCGACGAGGCGAAGCGACUGCGUGCCCAGCACAUGAAGGAACACCCCGACUACAAGUACCGGCCGCGCCGCAAGCCCAAGUCCAUGCUGGCGCUCAAGAAGGACCGCUUCGCUUUCCCUUUCCCUUACUUCGCGGCCGACGCUGACCACGUGGCCAAGUUGCAUCACCAGCACCAGCAGCACCAGCAGCAUCAGCAGCAUCAUCAGCAGCACCAUCAGCAGCAGCAGCAGCAGGCGGCAGCGGCGGCGAUCCUUUGUCCGAGGUCGCCCUCCGGAGCGGACCACCCUCUGCAGCAGUGUCUGCAGGGCAUGGACGAUCACCACAAGAUUCGCGCGCUGCUGCCCCACUACUCACUGCUGCCCCGCGGCGUCGCGGACCUCUCCCCUGCGCCGCCUGGAUCCGGGGCAGCGGGAGGAGCAGCAGGAGGCGGUGGCGGUGGUGGAGCUGCAACUGCAACUGCUGCGGCCGCAGCAGCAGCAGCAGCGUUCGCCUACCAGCAUCACUUCGGACAUCACCAUCAUCAGCAGCAGCAGCAAGAGCAGCAGCAGCAGCAGCACCACGUGCUGGCGGGACAUGCCCACUCGCCUCACCACCACCCCCACCACCCUCACCACCCUCACCACCACGUCCCCGCUCCCCCCGGGUACCUCGUGCCUUACAGUUGGGCAGCAGCAGCAGCGAUGGCCGGGGGAGCGGCGAUGCAAAACAGCCCCCACCUCGCCUACCUCCUCUUCCCACCGGCGCCGCCGGCGAGCCUGGCUAAGCCCACCGCCAUCGAGCCUCUCCGGGCCUCCCCCUACCCGUGACGUGCCGGAGCGAUUCCACUCAGAUCGAUGGUGGAAUUGGACGACGAAAGGCAAGCCGUCCUCCUACUACGCCUCCCUCGUCACGGGCAACACGUGAAAGUCGCUUUGCAAUCGUUCUUUAAAGAAGAAACAUCACUGACACGGAUCUCCAUGCCCGCGUCGGACAUUACGAGACGCGCAGCCAGGGAUUGUAACCACGAUGGGUGCCGCGAUAAUCGCGACGACCGCGAUAAUCGCGACGACCACGAUAAUCGUGAUACAGCAGCGCGCGAUACGAUAUCCACGAUAAUCGUAUCGUCGUUCAGUCGUGCAGAAUAUCUCUGCGCGCCCUCGUGGUGACGGUGGUGACGGUGGUGGUGGUGGCGGCGGUCGCUUCUCGUCCUUGAAAGAAAAAUAAAUAAAUAUUAUUUAAUCCCCUGGCAAAAUAUUUAUGAAAUUACAAACUCGGCAAUUAAAGUUGUAAGUAAAUACGGGUUUACCCGUUUAAAUUAGUGCUUCGCAAAACGUUCUGAGAGUAAUUAAUGGCAUCGCAAUUAGAUGACGGCAUCAUUUCGGUAGUUAGUUUAAUCAUCUCGGUAUUUCUGGUGUAACUAGCUGCAUGUGAGGAUGUUGGUCCACUCUUGCCCAUUUGCCUGUGACUUGAUCCUUUUUUCAAUUAGGUGCACCGAGCCUGGCACCCCCGUUUUUACUUUAACAUCCCCUCCCUCCCUUUAUCGUCUCCCAUCCGUUUCCCUUCUACUACCCCACUAAACAAACACAACUCACAGAUUGUUCUGCCCCAUCCCGUAUCUGUCCCUCCACAUAAAAUAAGAAUCCAAGUUUCUUUUUCGAUUUAAAGCUUU